UUCGACGGCUUGACUUGAGUGGUAUGAAUCAAGUGAAAAGUCCAUUCCAUUAAAUCUUCACCCUAUCACAACGGCUACUGGCCUUGACUUCAGUAAAGGUGAAAUGAAUAUGAUAGGACCAUUUUAGCACAAAGUCAAAAGCGAAAGCAAAAAUAACUGCCCCAGAGGCCCAUACAGCAAAAAACAGACCUACGAAAUAAGAAAAUUGGAAAAGUUUUAUUCUCUUUUAAAAAAAGACAUGAGUAGAUAUGCAUAUGUAGAUGUCAUCAACUGCAUGCGCGAAUGGCUUAGCUUCCACAACCUUAAUAAUGAUGAUGCAUCUAACUUGACACAUUUUUUAUUUUUAUUUAAGAGUUUUGUUACAGCUAAAGUCCUGAAUAUAUAUAUUUAGGUAAACAGAGAAUGACUUUAGCUAUUAUAAUGAUGUUAUUUUUUAUUCACAUAAAGUAGUUGAAUAAGUAUAACUUUCUGACACUAUAUCAUUUUACUGUAUUUAAUUGUCACAUUGAACAGUAGUGGAUAUAAACCCAAUGGGAAAGAGACCACCACGUUUGCGUUGUGUGGCUAGACUUGCUCAAGUCUUCGCAAUCAUAUAGGUGUAAUAGUCAGCCAACAAGAAAUUCCAAUCUUUGUUAUGCAGUUGUAAUCUUGAUUAAUUAAUUGGAUAAUAAAAUGGGUGGUUGUGUUCAAUGAGCAUAAAUAAUAUAACAUCUUUCUAAGCCUUGCUUGUUUGCUAAGCCCAUUAGAUGUUUCACAUGAAACUCAAACUCAAACUCAUGGAGAACACUAGAUUCCUUUUUUCUCUCACAUUGUUCAUCCACUGUUGUUGUAUGGUUUGUUCCAUUACAAACUUGACCACCGAUCAAUUUGCUCUUUUCGCCUUUAGAGCUCAUAUCACUUCUGAUCCUGAAGAUUUAUUGGCUAAUAAUUGGUCUACCACAACCUCAGUUUGCAGUUGGGUAGGUGUCUCUUGUGGUCUCAAACACCAUAGGGUCACAGCCUUGAAUCUCUCUCUUAUGAGUCUCGAAGGCACCAUCGCCCCACAUCUCGGAAAUCUCUCAUUCCUCAUAUCACGGGACAUCAGUUACAACUAUCUCAAUGGGUAUAUACCUGAUGAGUUGGCUCAUUUGCGUCGAUUAAAUGAAAUCAAUUUGAACCUCAACAACUUCAGUGGAGGAAUACCGUCAUGGUUUGGGAUCUUACCAGAACUUCGUCGGUUGGAACUAUAUAACAAUAGUUUUACAGGUAUUAUCCCAAAAUCGCUAUGCAACAUCUCAAAGCUAGAGAUAUUGAAUAUAAAAAACAAUUCUUUACAUGGAAAUAUUCCACAAGAGUUUGGAAAUCUUUCUAAACUAGAAGUUUUACGCGCGAGUGCUAACAUGCUCACGGGUGUCAUACCAUCUACCAUCUUCAACAUUUCUUCUUUGAGACUAAUUACUUUCGCAACCAAUAGCCUAUCUGGAAGUUUGCCGGUAGAUAUGUGCAGCCAUCUUCCUAAACUUGAAGGACUCUUUCUUUCUACGAAUCAGCUUCAUGGGCAAAUUCCAUCCAGUUUAUACAAAUCCAGGGAGCUCCAAUAUCUAUCAUUAUCGGCCAAUAACUUCACUGCCAACAUACCUAGAGAAAUUGGCAACCUGAGUAUGCUCACGGUGUUAUAUCUUGGUAUAAACAACUUGAAAGGCAUAAUUCCAUCCGAUAUAGGUAAUCUUCGACGUUUGGAAAUAUUGAGCUUCCAAAGUGGUUCUCUAACAGGCCCCAUUCCAUCUUCUAUCUUCAACAUUUCGUCUUUGGAGAUGAUUGAUUUCAGAAACAACAACUUGUCCGGAAGCCUCCCAAUGAACAGUCAUUAUGACCUUCCGUUUCUUCAAGUGAUAGAUCUUACAUCAAAUCAACUCACAGGUCAAAUUCCAUCCGGACUAUGGAAAUGCAGAGGGCUUCAAUUAUUAUCAUUGGUUUAUAAUAAAUUCACUGGUAGCAUAUCCAAGGAAAUUGGGAACCUUACUGCACUCAAAGAAUUGUAUCUUGGUUACAACUACUUGACAGGUACUUUACCAGAGGAGCUUGGUAACCUCAACCUUGAGACCCUUAAUGUCUAUGCAAACACCUUAACCGGCUCCAUUCCGUUCAAAAUAUUCAACAUGUCAACAAUGAAAUUCCUUGCCCUGGCAAAUAAUCAAUUCUCAGGCAAUCUUCCUUCAGACAUGGGGUUUUGGCUUCCGAAUCUUGAAGGGCUUUAUCUAAUCAUGAAUAAAUUCAGUGGAACAAUCCCGAGCUCUAUCUCUAAUGCUUCUAGGCUUACCAUCAUUAGCAUGAGCAUUAACUCAUUCACUGGGUCUAUACCCAAUACGCUGGGUAGUCUAAGAUUUCUGCAGGCGUUCGAGAUUAAUAUGAAUAGUUUGACCAGGGAAUCUUCUACUCCGGAGCUGAGAUUUUUCGAUUCUUUAACGAAUUGUAGACAAUUGGAGUCCUUGAGCAUAUCAUUCAAUCCAUUAAAUGGUAUACUUCCAAUUUCAGUUGGGAAUUUGUCUACUUCACUGCAGAGUUUUGAGGCAUCCGGAUGCAAAAUUAAGGGCAAUUUCCCCAGUGGAAUCGGCAAUUUGAGCAAAUUGAGAAGGAUAACCUUAGACAGCAACCAGUUGAUCGGACCACUCCCAGAAACGUUACAAGGAUUACAAAAUCUUGAAAGUUUGAAUCUUCAAAAUAAUAAAUUGCAAAUAUACAUCCCAGAUUAUUUGUGCCAGUUAAGGAGAUUGGGAGAUUUGUAUGUAAGUAAUAACAAUCUCUAUGGACCGAUUCCGACAUGCUUGGGUGAGCUUCAAUCUUUAAGAUGGCUCUAUCUUGACUCCAACAAUUUGACUUCCUAAUACC